CGCGGUUGUUGAUGUAGCUGUCAGAAGUCAGACAACAACAGAGGACAGCUAGCAGGUGACAAUGCAGUUCCUCGGCCGGCUCUUGGACACUGUGUCCUCUGUGUCAACUCUCUUCGCCAACCCCUACCGGGUCAGGGAUGUGCCGCUGUCCGACUACGCUGGAGGAGGCAAAGUCCUUCUGAAAGAGGAAGGACGCAUGAUCCUGUACAAAAACACCCAGUGCCAGUCAUGGGACUGUCUGCUCAUGUGCCCCGAGACGCCAAAUGUCACUCUGAGGCUGUUUCAGGUGGGGUCAGAGGAAGACGCCAUGAACUGGUUCCCCCAGUAUGCCCUCAAGCUUCGCCCUUUCUAUGAGACACUUCCUCUGAAGGCUGAGACCACGCAGCCAAUAGUGGACUGCAUCCGGAGCCACCCAGACUGGAGCUCUGCCCACGUCGCCGUUGAUACAGGGCUGAGAGACUGUCUCAAACAUAACUAUGUCCAAAGUCAGAUCAAUGCUCGGGAUGCCUCAGGUCAGACGCCGCUGCACCUGGCGUGUGAGCGUGGCGACUCUGCGUGCGUGAAAGAGCUGUUGGAGGAAAGCCAGGCUCGCACCGACAUCAAGGACCGCAACGGGGAGACCCCCAUGCACUACGCUGCCAAGCAGGAUAGUCCUGCCAUCAUCCAGGUCAUGUGCUCGCGGUUGUGUCCAGGGGUGAACGAGCUGAACAACAACGGGGAGACGCCGCUCCACGUGGCCUGCCGUCUGGGACGUGUGGAGUCCGUCAAAGCUCUGUUGGAGGGGGGGGCCAAGUGUGGUGUCGUCGGUGGCACUGGCUACCCCAUCCACAGUGCCAUGAAGUACAGCGAGAAGGGCUGUGUGGAGGAGAUCCUCAAAGCGGACCCAGGCCAGCUCCGGGCUGAGGACUCCAUGUAUGGAGGGACGCCUCUCCACUGGUCCAAAACGGCUGAGAUGUGUCGUUUGCUGCUGGAGCACGGCUGUGAAGUGAAUUACCUCAGUAAGACUGGAGAGAGCCCCCUCCACAUUCUCACCAAGAAAGGCCGCUUUGAGGCGGCGAUGGUGCUGCUCACCCACGGGGCGAACGCCAACCUGAAGGGCCAGGAUGGAAACACGGCCCUGCAUCUCGCUAUGAAGAUGGACCACAUAGAGCUAAUUAAAGCUCUCAUUGUUUUUGGGGCUGACGUGGAGAUCCACAACGACUUAGGAGAAACACCUGGACUCAUCGCUGCUCGCACCAGCAAAGGUCCUAAUAGAAAGAUACUGCUGGACAUGCUGUGUAGUGUAGGGGUCCAGCGGUGCCUCCCACCCUCCCCCGGCAGUCCUCCCCCCUUCUCCAACACGGCCAAACCUCCAGGCAGUGCAGGCAUAGGGUUUGAAGAGAUCAUGUAUAUGGGGGCUGCAGUCACUGCAAUGAGCAGAAGCACAUCUGAAGUAGACGGCCUCAAAAUGGAGAAAAGGAAGAUGGACAGACUGCUGUGUCUGGAUGGUGGAGGUAUUAAAGGCCUGGUGUUAAUCCAGAUGUUGAUUGCUCUGGAGAGAGAGGCUGGUCGACCCACCAGAGAGCUCUUUGACUGGGUGGCUGGCACCAGCACUGGGGGUAUCCUGGCCCUCGCUAUAAUCCAUGGUAAGUCCAUGGAGUAUCUGCGCUGCCUGUACUUUAGGAUGAAGGAGCAGGUGUUCAAGGGGUCACGGCCGUAUGAAUCAGCACCGCUGGAGGACUUCCUGAAAAAAGAGUUUGGGGAGAACACUAAGAUGACAGAUGUCCGAUACCCCAGGGUGAUGGUGACCAGUGUUUUAGCAGACAGACACCCAGGCGAGCUGCACAUCUUCAGAAACUAUGACCCUCCCUCCGUCCACAGAGAACCGCCAUAUGCCACCACUGCCACAUUCAAGCCCCUCACUAUCCCACAAGGAUGGGAGGAUGAGGAUGUGUUGGUAGUAGGAUACACAGAGGAGCCGACCAGAAAGCGUAGGAAGUUGACAGAUGAAGAACAACUUGUGUGGCGAGCUGCCCGCUCCAGCGGCGCUGCUCCCACCUACUUCCGACCAAUGGGCCGCUUUCUGGAUGGAGGGCUGCUGGCCAAUAACCCGACACUGGACGCCAUGUCAGAAAUCCAUCAGUAUGAUAAAGCUUUAAAAGCUGAGGGCCGUGCAAAUGAAAUCAAGAAGUUGGGUAUAGUGGUCUCCCUUGGUACAGGUAAACCUCCGCAGGUGGUGGUGAGCUCUGUGGAUGUUUUCCGACCCUCAAACCCUCUGGAGCUUGCUAAGAGCUUCGUGGGAGCCAAGGAGCUGGGCAAGAUGCUGGUGGACUGUUGUACAGACUCUGAUGGCUGCGCAGUGGACCGAGCUGCAGCCUGGUGUGAAAUGAUCGACACCAUCUACCACAGAUUGAGUCCCCAGCUGUCUCAGGAGGUGAUGCUGGACGAGGUGAGUGAUGCGGUCUUGGUGGACAUGCUGUGGGAGACCCAAAUGUACCUGUAUGAGAAAAGGGAAACCCUGCAGUCCCUGGCAAAGGUGCUGCUGGACAAAUGAAAGCACAAGAAAGUCACAAGGAGAGGCUGCGAAAAUGGGACUAAGAGCGCUGAAGAGACGGAGAACACGAGAGCAGAAGAGAGUCCUGUGAGUGGAGCCAAAGAGCGCUUCGAUGGAGCUCAAAGAUUAGCGAGCCAUGUGUCUGAUUCAGGACUGUAACGUCUGUGUUGGUGUGCUCUUUCUUUGCUAGAGACGACGUGACCACAGUGACUCAUGUUUCUGCUAAAAUGUCAGCACUCAAAUGAGUGAAACAAGACAGGAAAUUAAAAGUAACAAACGACUGACUUGAUGUAGCCUCCAGAAAGGAAAGUUUUGUAGCAUCGUGCGACCUUAUCACUGACCUUCUCACUAUCAGGGUUCAUUAAGUUUGUUUGUACAUAAACAAGUGAAGGAGUUUAUGAGGCUUUCUUUUCAUCUUUGAUAUGUGAAUACAGAGGGAAUAUAGAAGGAGGUGGUAUUAACCAAGUCAAACUGAAAGAAACACGCACACUGACUGUGACACUGUCAGUUAACCGCUGCCCUCACCCAUCCUCUCAGUGUUGCUUAACAAGUCAUAAUAAGUUGUCAUUUGUGGCUUUUUGUGUUUUACUGGAAUUCCUCCUUAUCUUGUUCCUCUUUCUUUCACAAAAACACUCAUGAUUGAGAGAUUUCCCAUUGUGUCAUAUGAUCAAAGAGACCAUGCAGCACCAAAUAAUCUGCAGUUAACUGUAGCAAAGCUUGGGUGAUGACGAUAAUGGACCAGUUCUGCCUUAUGUGUCUGGGACCCACAUUUGAACCGACUCCUUUUCUCCAUAUUUCCAUGCCUUUACGAUGUAACUUAUUUAUGUUGACUUUAAACUUAAUAUUUUUAACCUCACACCCAGUGAUAACUCGCUUACAACCUCUCAGUCAGCCGGAAAAGUGUCUUGAACACGUAUUCAACACACACUGUUACAACUGGACUUGAAACUGGACUUGAAUUUUUAACUUACUUGAAAGGAAAAAAAACAGAAGACUCACUUGCACAACGUAAACUAGAAGUUACAAAUAAUUUCCUAUGUUUUUUGUAUUUGGAUUAAUUAUCUAAGUGUGUACUUCUAUGGUAAUAAAAAUUAUUAUUAUAAUUAUUGA